AUGGUAUUACCGGCGACUUUGGGCGAUAUUUGCUCUGGUGAGCAACACUUGGGAUGGAUGAGAGGCGCCCUACAACGCCGAAGCCUCUGCGCGAGGUGCCACAAUGUCUUGGCUGAUUCGCAACAUCUCGCCGAGGCUAUCUCAGACGCCGGGUUGCUCAUGCAAGUCGCGAUGAUCGAACUUUACGAGAGCGCAGAGCUCCAUUCUUGCCGGAUGUGUAGUGUUUUCCUCUACAUGUGGACAAUGUCAAAGUUCGUUAAAGUCCACGGCGCCUACGACACAGUUCUUAAAGUCCGUGCUCUUCUCCGUCCUAUCGAUCAAAGAGCAUCAGACUGCGACAUUCAUGAGAUGCUUGUGUUCGGAAAGCUGAUCGGCAGUGGAGUUGAGCUGCGCUAUCACAACGAGUCACAUUUAAGAUUCAAAGUCUAUGCCGAAGAAGGGGAAGAAGCUGCUGCGUUUGUGAGUUCAGUGGAUGCUGAUGGGCAUUUCAACUCCGAAGCUGCAUUUUCGCGCGUUCGGUCGUGCAUGUCAACAUGUGACGAGCAGCAUACGGAUUGCUUGAGGGACAGCACUGGGAUACGUCCUUCAAGAUUGCUCGAUUUAUCGAUCACAACGACAAUGAGACUACGCGAUGCGCACGUUACCUACGAUCAGUACGCGGCACUUAGUUACUGCUGGGGUGGGGAUCAGCAGCUAAAGAUCACCCGCUCUACUCUUGCCCAGAUACCAGAAGCCUAUUUGGGGAUAGACUUGGCCUCUUUAUCAGCGACGAUACAGGACGCUGUCAGGGUUGCUAGGCGAUUCGGUGUCGACUAUCUCUGGGUUGAUGCACUUUGUAUCGUUCAGGACUCGCCCGAGGAUAGAGAAGUGGAAAUGAGUAAAAUGGCAAGCAUCUAUCAGAAUGCUUGCAUUACGAUAGUCGCGGCAAACGCAAGCGAUGCUAGUCGGGGGUUCCUAGCCUCAAGAGACUCUCCACGCUCGCUGGAACCCGGAUCGCUACCUCUCCGCUUUCAGCUACCGAUAACACUGGAAGGAAAGGUUCAAAAUAUAGGACUUGAGUACUCCAAGUGGGAUAACGCCUUGUCUCCAGAACCUAUCGAUAAACGGGCCUGGGCCUUUCAAGAGUCCUUGCUUUCCAGAAGAGUCCUGAUCUACGGAACGUCGACAAUGACCUGGCGUUGCGGUAGUGGCGUCCAGGCCUGGAGGUCAUGGAUACGCGAGCACCAAAAGACUAUGGCGACUUGGAAAAAUCUCGUGACCUUAUAUGGGCGACGUCUCCUUACCUGCUCCGAAGAUAGGCUGCCAGCAAUCUCUGCACUCGCAAGCGAGGUCCUGCGUCUUACCAAAGAAGGCGGCGGAGAACCAGGAAGGUAUUUAGCAGGUGUCUGGGAAAAUGAUCUCCUCAAUCAGCUGAUUUGGUUCACGAAUCUGGAAGAAGGCCGUGACGUGCGACGCAUACCAUACCGCGCUCCUAGUUGGUCCUGGGCGUCAGUAGAGUCUCCUAUAUUGUAUUCGCUACCACGCAUCGCAAUGACUGCGAGCGAGAUCAUGGGAGAUUCAGACACAGAUCUGGAAAUUAUCGAGUGUGGUGUCACGCUACUAUCCGAGAGGGCGCCGAUGGGCGAAGUUAUUGGGGGCAAGUUGUGUGCUCGAGGCUCUCUGGUCCCGGGCUCCAGCAUGCCAGACCAUGAACUUUGGGGUGCAGGCACAUUCCAAAAUGCGCCAGACAAGUAUCAAUUUUCCAGGCUGAUACACGUUAUCUCCACAACAGAGUCGAAAUUCUCGAGAAACUUCACCUACGCCCACGAAUUAUCGCCCGGAGGAUAA